AUGUCCGUGCGGGAGGGAGAGACUCUGAAGGCCUACUUAGAUAGAUACUGGGAGAUGUUUAACGAAAUAGAAGGAGAGUACGAUGAUGUGGCCAUUAGCACUUUUAAGGCUGGCCUUCCAACCGAGCAUGAUUUGAGGAAAUCUCUAACUGGUAAACCUGUUACUAGUGUACGUCAACUGAUGGAUCGGAUUGACAAGUACAUGCCUCAUACCUCUGUAAAAGGCCAAGUCCUUGCCGAUCUUAUAGCCGAGUUUGCUGAAUUUCCUGAAGAAAUAAAUGCGAAGCAGCAUGCCAAUCCGCAAGGAAAUGGGCAAGCUGAAGUUAUCAACAAGGUUAUGGUGAAUGGACUUAAGAAGAAGUUGAACGAUGCAAAGGGAAAAUGGGUGGAGGAAUUACCACAUGUCCUUUGGAUGUAUCGAACAACGCCUCGACGGUCAAUAGAAGAGGCCCCUUUCUCAAUGACAUAUGGAGCCGAGACUGUAAUCCCUUUGGAAACAGGUUUCCCGACGUUGAGAACAAAUGCAUUUACCCCGGAUGGUAAUGAUGGGUUGCUAGGAAAAAGUCUGGACUUAAUUGAAAAGCGAAGGGAGAAUGCAAUGGUCCAAUUGGACUACUACCAGCAUAAGCUCAAGCAAGGUUACGAUACCAAUGUAAAGCUGAGGCCGUUGGACAUAAGAGAUCCGGUAUUGAGGAAAGUUUUGGGAACCACCAAGAAUCUAGCCUGGGGAAAAUUCGGGCCUAAUUGGGAAGGACCGUAUCGAAUAACUUCAAUGGCAGGAAUAGGUGCAUACUAUCUGGAGGAUCUAGAUGAAAAAACUAAUUGGAAACUUAAAAUAUGUAAAACUGUAUUCUUCCCUCGUAUCAGCAACUUCGCUCUUCUAUGGCAUAUGGUUAUGUAUGAACAAAGAACAGUCAAAAUGAAAAUUGCAUAA